AUGACCCGGAUGAGGCGUCUGGAGGUGCAAGCACAGUCCAGAUUCUGCUCCAGCUCAUUGCAGGACUUUGCUUCCUGUGGCCCUGCCCAGUUUGCAGAGUACCGAUCUGACCAUCCCUGGGUUGUACAGAUGAGGCAAGAGAGGCCCAUGGUGCUGUGUGACUUGUCCCGGGUCACACAGCUGUUGGUAGCAGAGCUGGAACACAAAGCCAAGGCUUCUGCCCCCUGGGCUGGCUGCACCGCUCUGGGCUCCUCUGGUGGAGGAGAAGUGUGCCCAUCCCUCCAUCUUCAGGAAGUCUAUAUAAGCAGAGAGACCAUUGGGAAGAUUUCAGCCGCCAGCAAAAUGAUGCAGUGCUCGGCUGCAGAGGACAUCCUGUUUCUGAUAGAUGGCUCUCACAGCCUCGGGAAAGGGAGCUUUGAAAGGGCCAAGCACUUUGCUGUCACAGUCUGUGACGCUCUGAACAUCAGCCUGGAGAGAGUGAGGGUGGGAGCAUACCAGUCCAGUUCCACUCCUUGUCUGGAAUUCCCAUUGGAUUCAUUUUCAACCCAACAGGAAGUGAAGGCAAAAAUCAAAAGGAUGGUUUUCAAAGGAGGGUGCACAGAGACAGGCCUUGCUCUGAAAUACCUUCUGUGCAAAGGGUUCCCUGGGGGCAGAAAUGCCUCUGUGCCCCAGAUCUUCAUAAUUGUCACUGAUGGAGGGUCCCAAGGGCACGUGGCACUGCUGGCCAAGCAGCUGAAGGAACGAGGCAUCACUGUGUUUGCUGUGGGGGUCCACUUUCCAAGAUGGCAAGAGCUCCACAUGCUGGCCAGCAAGCCGUUGGGGCACCACGUGCUCAUGGCUGAGCCGGGGGAGGACGCCACCAAUGGUCUCUUCAGCGCCCUCUGCAGCUCUGCUGUUUGCACCGCCAUCCAUCCAGACUGCAAGGUGCAGACUCACCCCUGUGAGCGCAAGACGCCGGAGAUGGUCAGGGAGCUCGCUGGCAACGCCCUCUGGAGAGGCUCACGGGGGAUGGAUACACUGCUGGCCGUGCUCUGCCCCUUCUCCAGUUGGAAGAGAGUAUUUGUAACCCACCCCAGCACCGGCUACCGGACCAUCUGCCCAGGGCCCUGUGACUUACAGCCCUGCCAGAAUGGGGGCACAUGUGUUCCAGAAGGACUAGACAGGUACCACUGCCUCUGCCCAUCGGCCUUCAGAGGGGAGGCCAACUGCGCCCUGAAGCUGAGCCUGGAAUGCAGAGCCCACAUCCUCUUCCUGCUGGCCAGCUCAGUGGGCACCACCCUGGAGGGCUUCCUGCGGGCCAAGGCCUUUGUGAAGCGGUUUGUGCAGGCUGUGCUGAGCGAGGACUCCCAGGACUGCAUGGGUGUGGCCUGCUACAGCAGGGACCUGGUGGUGGCGGUGCCCGUGGGCAAGUACCAGGAUGUGCCAGACCUGGUCAGGAGCCUUGAUGGCAUCCCCUUCAGCAGAGGCGCCACCCUGACGGGCAGUGCCUUGCAGCAGGCAGCAGAACGCAGCUUUGGAAGCACUGCUAGCACAGGCCAGGAUCAUCCAUGCAGAGUGGUGGUCCUGCUCACUGAGUCACGCUCCCAGGAUGAGGUGGCCAGCCUAGCACAUCACAUGAGGGCCCAAGUGCUGCUCCUGCUGGGAGUGGACAGCGAGGCUGUGCGGACAGAGCUGGAGGAGAGCACAGGCAGCCCCAAGCAUGUCAUCUACAGCGGCCCACAGGACCCGUUCAACCAAGUCCCUAGGCUGCAGGGGAAAGUGUGCAGCUGGCCACUGCCAGGUAAGGCUUCCAGGCUGUGGCUGGACCUGGUCUUCAUGUUGGAUGCCUCAGCCUCAGUGGGGCCUGGGAACUUCGCCCAGACGCAGAGCUUUGUGAGAAGCUGUGCCCUCCAGUUUGAUGUAAAUGCUGAUAUGACACAGAUGGGCCUGGUGGUGUAAGGCAGCCAGGUGCAGACAGCUUUUGGGCUGGACACCCAUGUCACCUGAGCGGCAGCGCUGCGUGCCGUGAGCCAGGCACCCUACCUGGGUGGGAUGGGCUUGGCAGGCACAGCCUUGCUGCACAUCUAUGAAGUGAUGACUGCCCAGAGGGGUGCUCGGCCUAGUGUCCCCAAGGCCGUGGUGGUGCUCACAGGUGGGCAGGGGGCAGAGGACAUGGCUGUGCCCACCCAGAGGCCGAGGAACAGUGGUGUCUCCAUCUGGGUGGUGAGUGUGGGGCCUGUCCUGAGGGGGGCACUGUGGGGGCUUGCAGGUCCCCUGGACUCCCUGAUCCACGUGGCGGCCUACACAGACCUGAGGUGCCAUAAGGAUGCACUCAUCCAGGGGCUAUGUGGAGAAGCCAAGAGGGCAGUCAGCCUCUGCAAACCCAGCCUGUGCACAAACAAGGGCACCUGUGUCCUGCAGAACAGGAGCUACCGCUAUGAGUGCCGGGGCUGGGAGGGCCCUCACUGUGAGAACCGGACCUUGAGAGAUGCCCCCAAAGCACGUGAUGCCCACCAAGAGCCUUCAGGAGGGCAGCAGCUGUACCCCUCCCAGUGCCUAUCAAGAAGACCUGGGCACCCUGGAGGCUGCAGGGUACCUGCCCUCAGUGGAGCACCCUGUCUGGUGGGAGUCCUUUGAGCAUCUGCCUCCAGCUUGGUGCAGAGGCCCCCUGCCCACUCUCCUCACCCAGGGAGAAGA